AUGUCAUCGCAGAUCUUUCCAAGUCCUAACAGUUCCGAGUUUGUGAUGUUUUCCAAGCUCUCGACACUCUUUGCCGGGUUUUACAGAUUAUCAGCGGCCGGUGUGGUUCUAAAGAACAGUGAACAACCGCUCAAUAUGCGAGAAAUAAGCAGUGCGGUCGAGCCUCAGAGUGUGAUACUUAUAACAGGAGGGGCAGGGUUUCUUGGGCAACACAUUGUCAAACUCAUCCAAGAACGAAGACCUGAUGUCAAAGAAAUAAGGGUUUUUGAUAUCAAGCCAUACUUAAACCAGUUAGACCACCCAGAAAGCAAGCCUAUUAAAAGCUUUGUCGGUGACGUGCGCUCUCUGCAUGAUCUUCUUAAGGCGUUCGAUGGCGUCGAUACUGUCAUCCAUACAGCGGGGUUGAUAAGUUAUGGAACAUUUCCCGAUUUAGAGGGCAUGCAACAGAUUAAUGUCAAAGGGACUAAAAAUGUAAUAGAGGCUUGCGUGAAGCAGAGUGUGCCCCAUCUUGUUUAUACAAGCACUGUGGAUGUGGUGAUUGGGUUUGAGGAGAUCAUAAAUGGAGACGAAGAUAACACGACGAAGCCCAGAAAGUUUCUUUUCCCUGGGUACCCUCAGACGAAAUCUGAAGCAGAAAAGUGUGUCCUUCAAGCAAACGGCACCCCACUUUCAAAAG